CGCUGGGUGGUGUGGCCUCAGUCUAGUGUUGUCCGCGAUCUUAGCCGAUGUGUUUGAUAAGGAAGUGAAAAUUCGGAAUCAUUCGUGUGUAACGGUUUAUUACUUAAAGGAUCAAACCAUCGCACAUCUUAUUCAGUGUGGCAGUAGUGGCAAAUAUCAACAUUUUCAAUGGAAGUGUUAUGUUGUGAUAUAUGUCCUGUGUUUGAAAUGAAAGUAAUAAACUUCGUGUUUUGUACUGAAAUGAACCAGCUAAAAUCAAGCGAAAUGGGGCAAUAAAGAUUAGCAGUUUUUCACAUGCGAUGAGCUUUUACGACUCCCAUCCAUAAUCCCUACAAGCUAAUAUGUGGAAUAAAUAAAAAGUGCGUUUAUCUUUGCGUUAAUGCUACGAAUAAUACUACGAAUCAAUAAUUUUGAAUGCAGGAAGUACAAUUCAGGAAGUUAUGUGUUUUAGAAAAUUUCGAAGUAAAAUGAAUUUCAUGAAAUGUAAUAAUGUAUAGUCCUUUUUUACAAUUUAUCAUUUUAUUUUCAUUUUUAAAUUUUUAUACUUUUUAAUGUUUUAUAUUUCAUAUCCAUUGGAAUUUCAUGACUAUUUCAACAUAAUUUAUUUUUUUUUAUUUUAUAUAGUUGAGUGUAAAUAAAGGAACUGUACAAUUUACUUCUAAACAUAAUAAAUAGUUUCAAAGUGUUUAAAACAUUUUCCUUAAAAAAUAUUUGCUAGUCUUUUUAUUUAAAACAUUUUCCUAAAAAAAAUCUUUGCUAGUCUUAUCAGUUUUUUUUAUCAACUAUUAUUGAAACUUUGAUAAUGUGAACCUAACUUUUAAUUCUGACUUUUUAAAUUGAUUUAAUUAAUUGUCACUAUCCGGAAAGUUCGAGCGCAGCUUCGUAUAGUAAAUGACAAUUCGUUAAUUGAGCUUGAUGAAUUAGAUUGACGGAUACAGGAAAUUUGGCGAUGUUAAGUUACAACUUUGUUCGUAGGUAUACCAAAUAGAUGAUAGAUCAAUUACCAAACAUGUAACAUAGUGGUCGCUUACGAUUUAUAGCAAUAGCAAUAAGUUGAUUACGGCUUUCAAGAGAAUACAAAACCUCCAUAAUUGGCGUAAAGUUAAAAUAGCAGCGGUAAUAAGUACUUAACUAGAGGCGGUGCGAUAGUCUAUCCGGCAAACAAACCGUAUUUACACGGCCUUAUCUCUUACCUACGACUAACUUAAUUCGGUGAAAUUGUGUUAGCCUUUUGUGACUCUAAUCUUCGUAGUACUUUUAAGAAUAGUUACUCAGUGUCAAAACUUAGAUAAACAUAAUACUUUAAAACAAAACAUACUUUAAGCUUACAUAAGUAACAUAAGAUGUUUCACAAAUCAACGAAGUACAACAGUAACGCAGUACAACGAAAAGUUACUUAAAACAUUAAACAGAGUUUUGUUUGAACACGCGUGGAGCUCGAUCUCAACAGUACCAUUAUACCCAGUGCCAAUUUAUUCCAGAUUUACGAAUAUUAAUGUCGUCUGUUUGUGGAGCUGUGAUCUAAAAAAUCCUUCAUCGAUCAACACAGCUUACUUAGAGCUCUAGUACUGCAGUGUAUCCUUGUUCAAGUGCUUACCGGAAUCACUGUAGGUUUCAGCGAGUAUUUGAACCCAUCAUCCUAUACUACACUUCAAGUGCAGCUAAUCUGAUGUUAUCUGUUGCUAUGUAUACACGCAAAUCUCUACGACAUAUGUGGCGCAACUGUGCACAACGGAACGGGUUCACGAUCGCAACACCACUGAAAAUACCCGUCAACUGGAGCCGAGUACUGCGCCUUCAAGGAAGCGCACGCAUUAAUGCGGAGGAAGUAUUGCAGGCGGCAGAAGCCGGUAAUCUAGAGGAAUUCAUACGCCUGUAUGAAGGGGACAAUAACCGACUUUCGGUGAAGGAUAGCAAGGGACGCACGGCUGCCCAUCAGGCGGCUGCACGGAAUCGAGUUAACAUCCUUACCUUCAUACACGGCCAAGGCGGAAACUUGAAUGCACAGGACAUGGUUGGAAACACACCGCUUCAUACGGCAGUCGAAAACGAUUCGUUGGAUGCGCUGGAAUUUCUGUUGAAAAUUCCGGUGGCAACGAAUGUGCUGAACGAAAAGAAGCUCGCUCCAGUGCAUCUAGCUACUGAGCAGAACAAAGUGCACGCUCUGCAGGUGAUGGGUAAAUAUCGAGAAGUAAUCGACAUACAGCAGGGCGGAGAACACGGUAGAACGGCCUUGCAUUUGGCGGCCAUUUACGACAACGAAGAGUGUGCUAGAAUAUUGAUAUCCGAGUUUGGAGCGUGUCCAAGGAAACCCUGCAACAACGGAUACUACCCAAUACACGAGGCCGCUAAAAACGCCAGCUCCAAAACGAUGGAGGUCUUCUUCCAGUGGGGUGAAUCUAAGGGUUGUACCAGGGAGGAGAUGAUUUCCUUCUACGACUCGGAAGGCAACGUGCCGCUACAUUCGGCCGUGCACGGUGGCGACAUUAAGGCGGUGGAGCUGUGUCUUAAAUCUGGUGCAAAAAUUUCGACGCAACAGCACGACCUCUCAACGCCGGUUCAUCUGGCGGCUGCCCAAGGGGCGAUCGAGAUAGUGAAGCUCAUGUUUCGUAUGCAACCACUCGAGAAGCGUAUCAGUUUGAACUGCACCGACAUCCAGAAGAUGACUCCGUUACACUGUGCCGCCAUGUUUGACCAUCCGGAAAUUGUCGAGUAUCUGGUGAAGGAGGGUGCCGAUAUCAAUGCGAUGGAUAAGGAGAAGCGCUCACCCUUGCUGCUGUCCUCGUCACGCGGUGGCUGGCGCACCGUGAUGGCCUUGAUUAGGCUGGGCGCAAACAUUAGCCUAAAGGACGCCAACUCCCGGAACGUUCUACAUCUGGUCAUUAUGAACGGUGGGUGUUUGGACGAGUUUGCGAAAGAGGUUUGUCGCACACAGUCCGAGAUUUACCUGUUGCAGCUGCUGAACGAGAAGGACGACGCCGGUUGUUCGCCGCUGCACUACGCUAGCCGCGAAGGCCACAUACGAUCGCUGGAGAACCUGAUCCGGCUAGGAGCGUGCAUUAAUCUUAAGAACAAUAACAACGAGAGCCCACUGCACUUUGCAGCGCGCUACGGACGAUACAACACCGUACGCCAGCUGCUCGACUCCGAAAAGGGGACGUUUAUCAUCAACGAAAGCGAUGGCGAAGGACUCACCCCGUUGCAUAUUGCGUCGCAGCAGGGUCACACAAGGGUCGUUCAGCUUUUGCUGAAUCGAGGAGCACUGCUACACCGAGACCACAAUGGACGCAAUCCACUUCAUCUGGCUGCAAUGUCUGGUUACAGGCAGACGAUCGAGCUGCUGCAUUCCGUCCAUUCGCACCUGUUGGAUCAGGUCGACAAAGACGGGAAUACAGCGCUGCAUUUGGCGACGAUGGAGAAUAAACCAAAUGCGGUGAUACUACUGCUAAGUCUUGGCUGUAAACUGCUACACAAUUAUAUGGACAUGAGCGCUAUCGAUUAUGCGAUUUAUUACAAGUAUCCCGAAGCGGCCCUGGCUAUGGCAACUCACGAGGAGCGCUCCAGCGAGGUGAUGGCACUCAAAUCGGACAAACAUCCGUGCGUAACGCUCGCACUGAUCGCUUCGAUGCCGCGUGUUUUUGAAGCCGUACAGGACAAUUGCAUCACCAAGGCUAACUGCAAGAAGGACUCGAAAAGCUUCUACAUCAAAUAUUCAUUUCACGCGUACCAAAAGUCGCAAGAGGGCAUUGCCGAAAUGCGGAAAACUUUGAACGAUCCCAAAUGGCGCCCACAACCUUUGCAUGUUGUUAAUGCCAUGGUGGCACACGGUCGUGUGGAGCUGCUGGCCCAUCCCCUCAGUCAAAAGUACUUGCAAAUGAAGUGGAACUCCUACGGCAAAUACUUUCACCUAGCCAACUUGCUGUUCUACAGUGUGUUUUUGUUUUUCGUGACACUGUUCACGUCCCAGCUGAUGCGCAACGCUACUCCUAUCGGACAUACGGAUGGAAAUCACACACAAGCAGCAGGUACACCGGUGGACAGUGGGCAACAUAUACUGGCACUUCGCUCAACAAUAGCCCGUUCGAAGGGAUACAAUUUGGGUACCGUGGCUAAUAUGAGCUCCUCCGUAGCCCCACCUACGAUUGAAGAACAGAUGGAAGUCACCACCACGACGCUUGUCUCCGGGAUCGGUAUAAUUAUCUAUAUUGUCGUCAAUGCUUUGCGUGAGCUGGUGCAGGUUUACCAACAAAAGUGGCACUACUUACUCGAGCCGAACAACUUCAUCUCGUGGAUACUGUAUACGUCUGCACUGAUUAUGAUUUGGCCCAUGUUUUCUAGUGGGAUGUGCUUCAGUAUCAACUAUUCGGCGGCAUCAAUAACUGUCUUUCUGUCAUGGUUCAAUUUGCUGUUGUUUCUCCAACGAUUUGACCAGAUUGGUAUAUACGUGGUCAUGUUUCUGGAAAUCCUUCAAACGCUUAUCAAGGUCUUGAUUGUGUUCAGCAUUUUGAUCAUCGCAUUUGGGUUGGCGUUUUACAUUUUGCUGUCGAAGGUGUCUGAGCCUCAAGUGAAUCAUCUGUCCUUCUCAUCGAUACCUAUGUCUCUGGUGCGGACCUUUUCGAUGAUGCUGGGUGAGAUGGAUUUCGUCGGCACGUACGUGCAACCGUACCACGUGGGAGAUCUACCCUUUCCUUUCCCUUCGUUUGUUAUACUCUGUUUGUUCAUGAUCCUUAUGCCGAUUCUGUUGAUGAAUCUGUUGAUCGGUUUGGCGGUCGGUGACAUCGAAUCGGUUCGCCGCAAUGCCCAACUCAAGCGGCUUGCCAUGCAGGUGGUACUGCACACGGAGCUGGAACGCAAACUGCCCCAGAUGUGGCUCGAGAUGGUUGACAAGAUGGAGCUGAUCGAGUAUCCGAAUGAGAAAAAGUGUAAACUUGGCUUCCUCGAUUCCGUCCUGCGUAAGUGGUUCUGCAAUCCUUUCACGGAUGAUUACAAAGGUGGUAUCGAUUACGUACUGGAAAACACGGAAGACUACGUAGCGGUUGAGUUGGAGAAGCAGAAACGAAAACUGCGUGACAUUGGUACAGCCCUGGAUGCACAACAUCAAUUGCUUCGGUUGAUCGUACAGAAAAUGGAGAUAAAAACCGAAGCAGAUGACGUUGAUGAAGGUGUCUCGACAAGCGAUCUGAAGGCGUCCAGCGGGCUAUUGACCGGGACUCGAUCAUCGCGCUGGUCAUCGCCGAGAAUACGCAAGAAACUAGGUGCCACCCUCAGCUUCAACAAAUCUAUUGGCAAGUGAACGCAUCUAAAGUGAAGUUCAUAGUCAAUUGUUCGCUCAACUGCUGAUGCAUCUUGAGAGCCGCAAUGAAUAUGAACCUAACUGGGCGGUUUUCAUAACCGUUUCAUUUCAAACUAAUCAUAAAAAGAAUACACAGAGCUUGUACGCGCGUGUUUGUGUGUAUGUGUACGCGUGUGUGCGUAUGUAGAUAUGUAACAUUAUCAUUUCAGCAUCCAUGUUUAUGUGUAAUGAAACUGGCAGAAACGAAUUGUAUGCAUAGACCACAAAAUGAUGUAUUUUUAUUGAAGAUACUAUUUUUACCCCUUUUACUACAGUAACGUUUGCACGCGGCACAUUGAUGUUGUUAGUAGAGCUACUAUAUUAUAAAUGUGAUGAAAAUAAAUAAAAACAUGAGUUAGCGCUACAAAUAA